AUGACUGCAAGUCUGGCAAAGUCAUCGCAGGCCGUCCGCGCCAGAAAUGGACGAAUCCAACUCGCCAAAGACCACAUUAACCGUCUUUCCCAAUCUGCCAAGACAAGGUUCAUGGAUCUUGGACUCUCUAAACUUCAACUAUUGGACCUUCUGCAUAGAACUCUCGAUGUAAACAAGAUGUCUGAUGAGCCACACGUUCAUCUCCGGCUAGUUGCAAGCCGAGGCUUAAAACCAACGCCCAAUCAGAACCCUUCAGUGAACGUUGGUCUGUCGUUGAUCGUGAUAUCAUCCCCGAGAUCAAAGCCACAGAUCCCGGCGUUAAAAAAAAAGCAGGGGCCAAAAUUGAUUACAUCGCACAUCCGUCGAGGACUCCCCCGACGUCAAAGACGAGAUGUGGAACCACAUCUCCAAAGCAACGGACGUGCAAGCGUGUAUCAGUGGUAA